CACCUGAGCGGCAGAUGCGAGCCAGCUGCCGGCCCGGGCAGUCCUCCCCCCGCGCUCCCGCCCGGACGCGCAAUCGCGGCUAACAGUUUUAUUUCCCCGAAUAAACUUUAUCAAACAAAGCGUGCGUGCCCCGCGCCCUGCAUCUGCUCGGCCAGCUGUUCCCGCUGCAGCUGGCCUCCCCGUCCCGCUCGCACGUCCGCCCCGCCCGCCGCCAGAGCGAGACGCCCUAUCAGUGUAAUCGUAUCGAGGCCCUUCAAUUCCCUGUGCACAGCCCAUUCGCAGUCUGGAUCCGGACGCCGACGGCGCGAAUACAAAGUGUGAUGAAACUUAAACGUAAACAGGAGGCUGAGAAAGAAGUGAGCGAGGAUCGCGAUAGGAGGGUGAAGCGUCGCCGCAAGCGAGCCCGCAGCGAGCCGAUGCUGGACACCGACAACGCUGAGAAACGGGAAGCCCUGAGGCGCCUGUUCGGGCGCAUCUGCUCCGUGGAGGUGGACGGCCCUCGUAUCACUCAGGAGGAUUUGGAGGACGGCAACAGCAGCUACGGCGACGAGAACGACGACCCCCUGCUGGAUUCUGUGCCGGUGGACAUGGACCCGGAGCAGCUCGGGUUCCUGGUGUGCGCGCAGGAGACGCUGCGUUUCCUGCACGGGCGCGGGAUACCGAUCCAGCACCCGGUGUUCUCACGGCUGCGCUCGCGCCUGCUGCGCGGGAUCGACGAGAUGGCGGUGGCCUGAGCGAUGCUCGGCCCAGAGCCCCGAUACUAAUCCCCCUGUGUACCUGAAGUCACCCUUUUCGAGAGACUUUCUAUUUUCCGACAGUGUUUUUCCUAAGUGUUUCCCCCUUAAAACAAAGGACUCUCACACCUUUUCUUCGGGCUCUGGUUUAGUACUUAAGAUGGACAGAGUAAAGUUGGAAGUUGCUUGGCAAAGCAACAGGUGGCCCGGUAGGGUAAUCUAGUCACUAUCUAGUCAGAUUAUGUUUAUAAUUGAUAAGCAAGAUAUUCUAUUGAUGUAAAAAUGCCAAAUUAAAUCUACUAAAAUACA